GCUGUUGCUCAUCCGGCAACAUGUCGGCAGCUGAGCGCGCGCUCGAGAACCCAUCAGAUGGGAGCUCGUCUCAAUCCAGCCACGAAGUGGAGGUGAAUCCGGCUGUAAAGGGUAAGCAGAUGGAGGAUCUGACCGGGCGUCAGGAUGAUGGUCGUCCCUCCACAUCCACUAAAACAUUUACCGGUGUUAUUAAUAAAAGCUCUUCUCCCUCCUCCUCGUCUCUAUCAUCAUCUUCAUCAUCAUCAUCAUCAUCAUCAUCUUCAGCAUCCGGAAGAGCGAAGAUGAGCGUUUGUGGUCCAGGCAGUAAAACUCCUUCGUCUUCAUCAUCUUCAUCUGGUCCUCCAGUUAAAGUCCACCGCGCUCGCAAAACCAUGAACAGACCGCCGCUGCCUCAGAUCAAACCUGUGGAGUCCAUCGCUCCUGCUGCACCUGAGAAACCCGCCGGCGGAGAGAAAACAGACGCUGACACAGUUGUGAAGAAGCGUAAAGCAGGUUUGGACUCUGAUGUUUCAGCGACUCCUUCAGGAACACCAGAGAAAGUCUUGAAGCCGCAGGUGGAGCCUCCACUGACAGCGUCUCCAGCGGUGCGGAAGGCGGAGCCUGUUGCCGCGGUGGCUAAAGAUUCUCACAGUCGUUGGAUGGAAGAUCUGGAUGAGGAGGCGGAUGAGGAGGAUUUUCACCUGCUUUACAACAGUUACUGCGGCGAUGAUGUCAUUUACUCGGACAGCAAGUCAGAUGAAGGGAUGACUGAAGAGCCGAUGGGGGCGGGGCAUCUGUCUGAUCAUAGCUCAGGCUCCGAUCGGCCGCUCGCCGCUUAUAAACGGAACUCAUCAGAGAGAGAAGAAAACACAUGGAAGCGGCAGGGGAAGGGGAAAGCCAGAGACAGAGCAGCAGCUGGAGGAGAACAGGACACUGAGAAAGGUGCAGAGUCAGCAUCAGUGACAGUGGGCAGCACAGACUACACUGAGGUUCCUCUGGACUCUCUCAGACUCUCAGACAGUCUCUCUCUCUCUCCACACGCCGACGGCAGUGAUGCAGAAACAGAGCGUCUGGAGGAGCUCCCACUGUGCAGCUGCAGGAUGGAGGCUCCGCGACUCGACAGCUCCAGCGUUCGCUCCAGCAGGACCUGCAUGGCCAUCCAGAGCAUCAAUGGAGAGCUGGUGGGCUGUACCAAUGUGAUCAUGAAGGGGGAGACGAUGCGUCCGUCCAGCCGUGUGUCUCUGAUGGUGUUGUGUGAGACGCACCGCUCACACAUGGUCAAACAUCACUGCUGUCCCGGAUGCGGAUACUUCUGCCUCUCCGGAACGUUUCUGGAAUGUUGUCCGGACGUUCACAUCACUCACCGUUUCCACCGCAGCUGUGUGUCGGUGCUGGGCAGUGGGCGGAGCCGAGCAGCUGUGGGCGGGGCUGAUGAUCAGUGGGCGGAGCCAACAAGCAGUGGGCGGAGUCGAGGAACAGUGGGCGUCGGCCUGUUGUUCUGUCCUCACUGUGGCGAAGACGCGUCAGAAGCGCGCACGGUCUCCAUCCCGCCAGCAGCACCCCCUGCUGGAUCUCAUGUGGUCACUGCGAGCGCUUCGUCCACCACCGCCAGCACACACACUCAGCACACACUUCACACACACCGCAGGACCACAGACAAUCUCAAUGCCAGGAUGCGUUGUCGUGUAGAUGUGAGAAAGGGGGCUGAGCUGCAGUCUCAGCCAGCUAAUGGCACUGCUGCAGGGAGCGGGGAGGAGGAUGCGGUUGCUGUGGGCGACGGUGGGGUGGACAGUGUGGGGCCAUCGCUGGUUCUGCCCAAUGGAAAGCCAGUGUGUCCUAGUGCACUUCCUGCUGGAGACAGAAGGGCGGCGCUGCAGAGAGCCAUACUCACACAGGACACCGAGAGGAGGAAGAAGUUGCGCUUUCAUCCCCGUCAGCUUUACCCUGCAGCCAAACAGGGGGAAGCUCAGAGAGUUCUGCUCAUGCUCAUGGAGGGCAUUGACCCGUCGUAUCAGUCAGACUCUCAGAAUCGGCGCUGUGCUCUUCACGCCGCGGCUCAGCGAGGUCUGCUGGAGAUCUGCUAUCUGCUCGUACAGGCAGGCGCUAAAGUGGACGCCCAAGACAAGAGCCUGAGGACCCCGCUGUUAGAGGCCAUAGUGAACAAUCAUGUGGACGUGGUGAAAUACCUGAUCCAGAGCGGAGCCUGCGUCUAUCACGCUGAAGACGACGGCUCCACUGGUCUUCAUCACGCUGCUAAACUGGGCAAUCUGGAGGUGGUCUUGCUGUUGCUAAGCACCGGACAGGUGGAUAUAAACGCGCAGGACAGCGGCGGCUGGACGCCCGUCAUCUGGGCAGCAGAACACCGACAUAUCGAGGUGAUCAGAGCCCUGCUGAACAGAGGAGCAGACGUCACACUCCGAGAUAAAGAGAUGAACGUGUGUCUGCACUGGGCUUCGUUCGCGGGCAGUGCUGAGAUUGCAGAGCUGGUCCUGAACGCCGGCUGUCCUCUUUCCUCCGUCAACGUUCACGGAGACACACCGCUGCACAUCUCCGCACGCGAGGGAUACAGCGACUGCGUCACGUUGUUUCUGUCUCGCGGUGCAGACAUCGAUAUUGUGAAUAAAGAGGGCGAUACGCCGCUGUCUCUGGCCCGCGGGGAGACGCCCGUCUGGGUGGCGCUGCAGAUCAACAGAAAACUACGAAGAGGAAUCGCAAACCGCAUCGUGCGCACCGAGAGGAUCAUCUGCAGUGACGUGGCUCAGGGUUAUGAGAACGUCCCGAUCCCGUGUGUUAAUGGCGUGGAUGACGAAGGCUGUCCGUCUGACUACAAAUACAUCGCAGAAAACUGUGAAACAUCCGCCAUGAACAUCGACCGCAACAUCACACACCUGCAGCACUGCAGCUGUACAGAUGACUGUUCGUCCAGUAAUUGUCUCUGUGGGCAGCUCAGCAUCCGCUGCUGGUACGACAAGGAUCAUCGUCUUCUUCAGGAGUUUAAUAAGAUCGAGCCGCCGCUGAUCUUCGAGUGUAACAUGGCCUGCUCCUGCCACAAGACAUGCAAGAACCGCGUGGUGCAGGCUGGAAUCAAGGUACGUCUCCAGCUGUACCGCACAGAGAAGAUGGGUUGGGGUGUUCGAGCUCUUCAAGAUAUUCCUCAAGGAAGUUUCAUCUGCGAGUAUGUUGGUGAACUGAUCUCUGAUGCUGAAGCAGACGUGAGAGAGGACGAUUCAUAUCUCUUUGACCUGGACAACAAGGAUGGUGAGGUGUACUGUAUCGAUGCCCGCUAUUACGGAAACAUCAGCCGCUUCAUAAACCACCUGUGUGACCCCAACAUCAUCCCGGUGCGUGUGUUCAUGCUGCACCAGGACCUGCGCUUCCCUCGCAUCGCUUUCUUCAGCUCCAGAGACAUCUUCACCGGACAGGAGCUCGGGUUUGAUUACGGCGAUCGUUUCUGGGACAUCAAGAGCAAGUACUUCACCUGUCAGUGCGGCUCGGAGAAAUGCAAACACUCGGCGGAGGCCAUCGCUCUGGAGCAGAGCCGGCUCGCACGGCUGGAGGUGUGUGUGGAGCCCGACACUGCGCUCUCACUCAUCGGACACUCAUGAUCAACACUCACACUGAUGACACCAUGCUGGAAACUGUAAAACCACACACUAAUGUUGUCCAGGAAGUCCCAUUCAAAGUCCAGACUGCACUUCCUGCUGGGAUCUGUUGCAUGUAAUUUCUGUUUUUCAUUAAAAACCAUGACCUUUUUGUUUUUGUAAGUGUAACUGUUUUAAUAAAUACUGUUUGAUACAGAA